AUGUCAGGAGUUUUAAAAAAUUCUGUGGACUCUCCAUCACCCCUAAAACUAAAGAUUAAUCAUUGGUUUGCGGUUUCAGCAUGGAAAUGGUGUACAAACGACGAUGACUGUGGUAUUUGUCGGAACGCUUUUGAAACAUGUUGUGCAGAUUGCAAACUUCCAGGAGACGAUUGUCCUCUAGUUUGGGGUCAAUGUAACCAUUGUUUUCAUAUGCAUUGUAUUAUAAAAUGGUUAAAUAGUCAACAAAUGGCACAACAUUGUCCUUUAUGUAGACAAGACUGGCGAUUCAGAGAAUAG